ACGAGUCCUAUAGAGUAGAGUAGUAAAUGAAAAGUAAUUAGUAGUAGGGGCAUAGUCUCGUAAAUAAACGAAAAAGUAAGGGUAAAAAUCCCCGGACGUGAGAGCAAUUGUUAUAUCCAUUUGAAUCCUCGUCAGGUUACACGAAACGAUUCCGCUUCUCCGCUUCUAUAAUAAAUAUUUCCCCACCACUCAUCGUCUCUAGAUUGUUCUUCCACACGCAAUUCUCAUUUCUCUCUAACCGUAAACGAAUCUUUCUUCUCUAAGUUUUUUCUCUCUGCGAUGGCUCAAGAAGAUGUUACUCCUGCUGCUACUAACGGUGCUGCUCCGGUGGAGACGCCUCUUGUCUUCACUGAGAUCAAGCAGAUGUUGAUCGUUGAAGCACAAAAAGUCGGUGACGCUGUUACUUUCUACAAAUCUGCUUUUGGUGCGAUUGAGUCUGGUCAUUCUCUUUACCCUAAGCGUAAGCUUGACCAAGAGCUUCCUCAUGUUCUCUGUUCUGAGCUUAACCUCGCUGGCUCUUCCUUCGUUGUUUGCGACGUUUCCUCUCUCCCUGGAUUUUCUACUGCGAAAUCGGAAGGUUCGAGAGUGAAUCAUCUCCUCGGAACUAAUAACGUUGAAGCCGCCGUUGCGAAAGCUGUUGAUGCCGGAGCUGUGAAAGUGGAGGUUUCGGAGGCUGAAGUUGAACUGGGAUUCAAAGGAAAAGUCACGGAUCCUUUUGGUGUCACUUGGAUCUUUGAGGAGAAGAAGACCGAGAACGUCGUUGAGAACGACGAGAACAAAGAGGUUUAAGAACUGUCGUCGGAUCUGAUUCUUCGUCGGUUUCUGAACAGAAAAACUCUAGUAUUAUCCUAUUUUCUGGUAUUAUGCUUUUAUUUUGUCUUUUGUGGAAUCCGGUAAUCAGUAAACCGGAUCGAGUAGGCUAAUGACUUUCGGAGUUUUAAUUUUCACCCCUUUUGACAAACUCUAAUCUUGGUGAAAUUAAGUAUUAAUCUCGGGUUUGGAUUUUA